CACCACAAAGAAGUGCAACAACGAGUCCCUACUCCGGCGAUUGGCGAAACGGUACGACCAAAGUCAGUCGGCAACGGUCGAUCGCGAUGGGUGCCGCGUUUUGAAAAAUCGCGUCGCGAGAAAGUCGAGCUGAACAGCGAGUUUACGCGGUGAAAGGGCUUCGACGGCCCUCACGUACGGUGUGAUCACUAUGACCGUAUCGUACGGUGGAAGAGUACCGAACGGCAGCACUUUCGGCUGCUUCUGGAAGGUGCUGGGGAUAUGGCGUGGCAGCGUUUACAAGCUGGUGUGGCGGGAACUGAUAGCCUAUCUGUUCCUCUAUUAUUCGAUAAAUCUCCUGUACAGGUUCGGACUUGACGAGCAGCAACAACGGAUAUUCGAGAAGAUCCGGAUGUACUUCGGGCAGCAGAGCGAGACGAUACCGAUGUCGUUCGUGCUCGGCUUUUACGUCUCUCUCGUGGUCAAGAGGUGGUGGGAACAGUACAAGCUCCUUCCUUGGCCGGAUACCCUCGCCCUGUUCCUGAAUGCCGGAAUUCCUGGCGCGAGCGAGAGACAAAGACUGAUGAGGCGCAACAUUGUAAGGUACGCGGUUUUGGCUUACGUAGUGACGCUGAUGAGGAUCUCUUUGAGGGUUAAGAAACGUUUCCCCACAUGGCAACAUCUAGUCGAUUCUGGUCUCAUGAUGGACAGCGAGAAGAAGAUAUUCGAGUUGAUGGACAGCAAAACGCCGAUGUCAAAGUACUGGAUGCCGUUGGUAUGGGCGACGAAUCUGAUCAAUAGGGCGCGCAAAGAAGGGCUGACCACGAGCGAUCAUAUUGUUCAGACGAUGCUGACGGAAUUGUCCGACAUCAGGAGACGAUUGGGAUCGCUGAUCGGCUACGACACCGUUAGCGUUCCUCUCGUGUACACCCAGGUGGUAUCUCUGGCGCUCUACGUUUACUUCAUGGCGGCGCUGUUGGGGAGGCAGUUCGUCCCGUACGCGACAGAUGUCGCUUUGCAGAACAAACUCGAAGGACCGGACGUGUUUUUUCCGUUUUUCACUGCCUUGCAGUUUUGUUUCUAUACGGGGUGGCUGAAAGUGGCUGAGGUCCUGAUCAACCCUUUCGGCGAGGACGACGACGACAUCGAACUGAACUGGCUGAUCGACAGGCAUAUAAAGGCGGCCUAUAUUAUCGUCGACGAAAUGCACGAGGAACACCCGGAGCUGCUCAAGGAUCAGUACUGGGACGACGUCGUACCCAAGGAAAUUCCUUACACGGUCGCUUCCGAGCACUACAGGAAAGAGGAGCCCAAAGGCUCCGCCGACACUUACAAGGUCAAACCCGUGGAAGCUGUCUACGCGAAUUUGGUACCUCACCAUCAUUUUAAGAAGAGCAUCGUGGACGAUAUGUACGCCGAUUACGAGAGCGUGGACACGCCCAUCGUGGAGCGCCGCAAAAGCAACAACUGGUUUACGAGGCAGAUAUCCAGGACCGGAAUGGGUUCUAUUAGGUCCGCUUCGACUGCUUAUUCGUCGGGCGGACUUUUCAACAGACAAAGGGGCAACUCUGUGUACGCGAAUCCGGAGAACGGGCAAAUUCAAGUGCCCGUCCAGAAAAUGUCCAUCUACGACCGACUCGUGGGCAGGCGCAGUGGCAGGAAUCAAAAGUUGAAAACCAAUGCUAAACUGAACGGUGCGGCCGCGUUGCAAGUGAAACAUCGGCCGCGCAUCCCCACCCCCGACGUCACCAAAGAGGUGGUGGACAGGGAGAGCCGCCUGGCGGCCAGCGUGGCCAACACCGUCAGCCAGCAGAUGGCCACGGGGCUCACCCUCAUGUCGCAGUUGCCUCCCAACCACGGCUACUCUCCGAACGACGCGCCUAUCUUGCAGGUCUUGCUCUCCCCCAUCCAAGAACUCGACGGCACCGGCUCCGUUAACAACACCCUCCACGCGAACCAGCCAGGCACCACGGCCCUAGCACAGGCGGUUUUAUCUCCCGGUGUGGGUCCGGUACUGGGCGCACCCGUCACAGUACCCAUGACGGUAUCCCAAUUAACGUCCCUGGGUAUCACUUCGGUGCACAACAGUCCUCUCGUCGCGAGGUCCUUCCAAUCCGAAAAUCCCCUUUUCGUUCAGGCUUUCGACACGUCGAAGGCAACGGCUCCGACAAUCACCGAACUCCAGGGGGCCGAAGAUGAGCGCGAGGUAAACAGCGACUUCUCCCACGCCUCCAAGGACUCCAUCACCUCCAAUACGUCGACCGCGACCGCGUCGAUAGCGUCGGCACCACCAAUGCCCUCCAGCUCGCCUAGGACGAAGCGUUCCUCUCCUCCAGUACCCCCGAAGCAGGAAGUCGCGGAUAGACUAUCGUCCAGCGCUUCCGCGCCCAAUUCUCUGUCUUCGUUGGGCGGGGGACACCCGGGGGACGGCCCCAAGAUGAGGAAGGUGUCGACGGUGUCGCAGAACAUGGGCAACCCUCCCAAGAGGGGUGAAGUUUACGUGUAGGCGGCGCGAGGUGUACAUAGGAUCGAUAUGCUGACGUUUGUGAUAUAGUAGGGGUAGUUUGUUACGUUCAUAAGUAUCUUGAGGGGGAAAUUUACGACGUGGAAAACGGAAAUCAACGACGCGAACAAAAAUUGGGCGGUUAAUUUAUUUUUUCUAUUAGACAGUUGUUGUUUCGGAAAAAUAUAAGUUUUUGAAGUA